CUGAUUUUUUCCAAUAGCAUAUUGAUAUAGAAAGCACAAUCUUGAGUACCUCAAAUUGUUUAACUUGUCUAAUAGGGCCUCUGCUGCUUUUCUUGGGUUGUAAUGGCAGACAUAAGGCUGUUGUUAGGCAUCCUGUUCAUGUUCGGUGGUGUUGCUGCCGUCAAAUGUCCCAAAGGGAUCCGAGCAUUUGCUACAUUUGCUGAUGACGAGUACUAUGAGUGUGCGGAAGGAAAAGAAGCGGUGUUGAAGAAGUGUAAUGCAGGGAUGAAGUUUAAUAAAAAGCUUGCGGAGUGUGCUAACCCUGAUGAUCUAGAGAAGAGAGGUCUGAAGGAGUCAAGUGAAUCAGGUUCCCACGAGAGGGUGUCCAUGGGGGAGGCUAUUAAGAUAGGGGCCUUGUAUGAUGUGAGAAGAGGCUUUCUGUACAAUGGCUUCAACCUUUGGUCGAAGAAAACAUUAAAAGAAGAGAUAUACUCUGUUGAGAGUGAUGGUCUGAAUGUUGAGUUUCUGGUUGAAAAGAAUGCCCGAGAUAAGGCCAAACACUUCGGUCUAGGAGCCCAACUUGAGUUAGAUUUCCUAGCUGGUCUGAUCAGCAUAAAAGGAAGUGCACAGUUUCUCAAGGACUAUAGGAAGACCACCAAUUCGGUCAGAAUGAUCCUUAAAGGUGAGCUGAUUGGUUCAACUGAGGACAUUGAUACGUAUACGCCCAUUGACUAUCCUGAUCUUUGUGAAAUGGUCACACCCACCAGUGGCCCAACUCAUGUUAUCACUCGAAUAACUAAAGGUCAAAGGUCAUAUUUUAUCUUCGAUAAAUACGUGGAGCACAAUAGAAACUCCGAGGAUAUCGAAGCUGAACUAGCAGCAAGUGUUAGUUUUAUACCUCUGUGUUCAAUCGAAGGUCGUAUUGCAAUACACGCUAAUGGGACGCAAGUGAAGAACAUUGACCGACUCAAUGUUAGGUUCUAUGGAGAUGCCUUGCUAGCUAGUUUCCCUACACAGUACCCACAAGCAGCUGUAGCAUACGAUGACACCAUAAGAAAUGGCCCCCGGACCACUCCUAUGAGAUACCAUGUCACUCCCAUAUCCGAGUUUUGUGACAGUUUGGCUGAUGCUGAUAAUGUCAUAAUUCACAAAAUAACCGAAGAUUUGGUAGAGUUGUCGAGUAACUCUCUGUCUGUAUUAAGGGGUAUUCAAGCUUCUGUCAAUACUUUGCUUGAACUCGACCCUGCAAUUAGGUACGAGUCAAUCAAACUACCUCUAAUCACCUUCAAAAAUGCGCUAGAGGAGUUCAUGUCGGAAUACAGAAGGCAACUUGUUGACAUUUUGCCAAAGGUUAAAGCUAAGCUAAUAAAUGAAAGUGCGCUGGUUGAGAUUCUGACAAAGCCCUGA